UAUAGAAAACAGAGUAUAAAAUAAAGCAGUGAAGCAAUGAGAAUGAGAGAAGGAGGCAGAAAGGAGUGAGCAGAAGCUGAACACUUAUUAACCGUUGAUUCUCCGAUCCCCACAACCCAAAGAAAACGAAUCCUCAUCAAUCUCAAUGCUCUCUCACUCUCAUUCCUCCAAUCUCAGCCGUUGAUUUUCCGAUCCAUGCUAGGGUUACCGCAUUAUCACCGCCAUGUCCUCCAAGAUCAACGGUCAGAUUUCUCCCCUGCCCUGUCCCCACUUGGCCGAGUUCCACCGCACCUCCGCCAAGCCAUUCCUAGCCCUCCACAACUGCCUCCGGAUCAAGCCUCCCGGCGGCCGCGCCUCCCUCCGCCGCAAUCCCGACGAGGUUCCUCGCUGCUGCGCCUGCGGCCUCUCCGCACCUUCCCGCCUCUACGCAUGCGUCACCUGCGCCGCCGUCUCCUGCCACUCCUCCGCCGCCGGAGUCCUCUCCCACGCCGCCGCUCACGCCGCCUCAAUGCCGCCCGGCCACCAGAUCGCCGUCGACGUCGACCGUGCCGAACUCUUCUGCUGCGCGUGCCGCGACCAGGUCUACGAUCGCGACUUCGACGCCGCCGUCGUGAUCGCUCAGACUGCUGCGUCAACUCUCGGCGGCGAUCCUCCGCCGCCGAUCCCGUCGCCGCAACCAGAGAAUCUUCGAAAGAAGCGCCGUGUGGAUUACUGGCCUUGGGCGCCGGAUCUGCGCGAACGCGCUCUGAUCGGAAGCUUCUCUGGCCCGAUUGCCGGGGCUGAAACCGUAGUCGAUCAUUCGCCGGGUUUGCCGCGCGGAUUACGCGGAUUGAACAAUUUGGGAAACACGUGCUUCAUGAACUCGGUGUUGCAAGCGCUGCUUCACACGCCGCCGUUGCGGAAUUACUUCUUGAGCGAUAGGCAUAAUCGGUUUUUCUGCCAGAAGAAAAACAACGGUGACGUUGACGUUGACGCUGCUGUGAAGAGAAGUGGCGGCAACAAUGGGAACAAGAAUGCGCGAAUAUGCUUAGCUUGCGAUAUGGAUGCUACGUUCUCUGCUGUGUUUUCUGGUGAUCGUGCUCCUUAUAGCCCCGCUAAGUUUUUAUACAGUUGGUGGCAGCACGCAGCAAACCUUGCCACUUAUGAACAACAGGAUGCGCAUGAGUUUUUCAUUUCCAUGCUUGAUGGAAUCCAUGAGAAGGUGGAGAAGGGUAGGCGUAAGCCACAUACUGAAGGCAAUGGUGACUGUUGUAUUGCUCAUAAAGUAUUCUCUGGUAUUUUGCGAUCAGAUGUUACAUGUAUGGCCUGUGGUUUCACAUCAACUACUUAUGACCCAUGCAUAGACAUCUCACUGGACUUAGAACCAAAUCAAUGGGGUUCCACCAAAAUGGCUACUGCAACGUCCAAUCAUUCUUGCAAUGGUGAGGCUGAUUGUAUGAAUUCGAGCCAAAUCUGUGGAACAUCUACCCUGAUGGGAUGCUUGAAGAGAUUUACAAGAGCAGAAAGAUUGGGGUCAGACCAAAAAAUUUUCUGUCGGCAGUGUCAGGUGAGGCAAGAAACUCUCAAACAGAUGUCCAUAAGGAAGCUUCCCCUUGUUUCUUGCUUCCAUAUAAAAAGAUUUGAGCAUUCUUCAACAAGAAAGAUGCCAAGGAAAGUGGAUCGCUACCUGCAGUUCCCAUUUUCACUGGACAUGUCACCUUAUCUCUCAUCAACAAUUUUAAGGAAUCGAUUUGGGAACAGGAUCUUUCCUUUUGAUGGGGAUGAGCUGGAUGCUUCAGAUGAAUUGUGUUCAGAGUUUGAGUUGUUUGCCGUUGUCACGCACAGUGGUAAGCUAGACGCUGGCCAUUAUGUCACUUAUCUGCGAUUAAGUAAUCGGUGGUACAAGUGUGAUAAUGCCUGGGUUACUCAAGUUGAUGAGAAUAUUGUGAGGGCUGCACAGUGUUACAUGAUGUUCUAUGUACAGAAGAUGCUUUACUAUAAAGCAACUGAUAAACAUGUCGCUUCAUGAUUGGGAUAAGAGAUGGUCCAUAGCAUUGAUAUGCCAUGGUCAUUAUCGAUUUUCAUUCCAAUGAUAUUUCAUGGCUUUUACAUUCAUACAUAGGAAACAAAAGCAAAGGAAAAUAUAAUGUAUUCUCAUCACAACUAGCGAAUCUAUCAUUUUCAGAGAUGAAUCUAUACUUUCAAGUUGGAGCUAGAAACCAGACAGAAUUUUUUAGGCAUUCCAACUUUUUGGAAACUUAAGGGCAUGGAUUUCUUAAAAAGUUGUUUAUGCUCCCCCCCUCCCCUGCCCUUUCUCUUUUCCCGUGCUCUGAAAAUCAGUGCUUGGAGGGCUUUGCAGAUGUUGCUUCAUAUAAGGAGAAAUUAGAUGCCAGAAAUAUUAUAAAACUGGACCCAAACCUUUAUGAAUUGUGAUAAUUUAUUCAGACAUGGAUAUAAGAACUACAAUUGCCUGUAUAAAAAAAAAACUACAAUUACAAAAUCUUCAAAUGCCAGUUGGCUGCUGAAGUUA